UUGAGGCAGACGCUUUACGUAUUCAACGUAUAAUAUUGUGAAGUCGCGUUGCCAACUGACAAUUAUUGAUGGUGUGAGAACCGCUUUAAUAUAUAGAAGUUUUGACAAACUGUUAUUGUAAAUAAAUAAAUUGAAAAUAAAUAAAAAAUUGGGAAGUGCACAGGCCCCAUAUACAUUAUAUGUGGCAAAAUUCACUUUCGUUUAUUUUACUUGUAUCCUACAACACUAUACCUUAUUUUUAGAAAAUUCUUUUAUGUUUAGCUAUUGCAAUUGUUAGUUCUGUUGCAGCAACGUGGAAACUUCACGUGUUUCUGAAAUCAUAUGUAAAUUCGCAGUGUCAUUGUGCAACACCGCUCUGAUUCACAUCUUUCUCGUCCCACCAAAGAGAAACAACGGCGUAACUACGUUUCUGAGAUUCUAUUGGUCGGCUGUACUGCGCAGAUGUGUGAGAUCUCUGGUACUUUCGAGAUGCGCCUAGUUGUUGUCUGAUGCAAGGCGUAUAGCGUCGCGGUAAGCCGGUCCGUAUAAAUGCGGGUUACAAGCCGACUGCGCGCAGUUUGUCAGUGGAAAGCGUGAGGGUUUACGUGGCCGGUGUUUCUGCACUAGUGAGUUACAUCGUAUACAUUAUGUUGCGAUCAUUCGGAAGAGUGAUGCCAGUUACUGUGGCUGUUCGUCAAGCUUUGCGGCAGCCUGCCCAGUGCCGCAGUUUCUGGGAUUUCAGCAGAUCUUCUGAUCUUCGGUCCUUGGCACGCGAUAUGGAGCGGCAGGUUGAGAGACUGGAGAGGGAAAUCAUGGGCGGUUUUCCCUUCAAUAGGUUACGGCCUCGUUACAUACCGAUAUCCGGCACCAGCACUUCACCAGAAUCAUAUCGGUAUAACAUUGACGUUGAAGGUUUCAAACCAGAAGAAAUAAAAGUGUCAUUGAAGGAUCGUUUAUUAACGCUCUCCGCGAAGAUGGACAGGACAUCCGAGGACGGAAGCAGAUUUUACCAAGAAAUCGUGCGCCAGGUAACAAUUCCCGAAAAUGUGAAAAUUGAAGAGCUGAAGUCUUACAUAAAUGACGGCGUUCUUUCAAUAGAGGCACCUCUCGAGUCUGCCAGCGGACCUAAAGAAAUACCAGUCAGUCGCGAAGAGCAGACAAAUUAAUGAACAUUUAAAUAUUUCGGAAAGUACUUCGUAGUUUGCAAAUAUGUUCAUUUAUGUACCAUACCAUUAAAACAGGCACCGACGUACGCUGCACAGACUUGUAAACGACGCAACUCAGUCAUUUUCCGUAGAUAUUAAUGAUUAUUGAGAGACUCUCAUCAUUGCCUGACAAUGGGCGAAAUUUUGUAUUUCUCUUUCUGUUGUGUUUGUUACUCUUUGGAAACAACAUGCUUUGAAAUUUAUAGGCAAUAAUUUGCUUGAAUGAAGGAAAAAGAAGAUGCUGUUACUACGGUCACUGAAUUGUUGUGUGUCGUAAUGUUCUUUCUGCUGUUCGUUUGUACCUCUAAAUAACAGUGGAAGAAGUUUGACAUGCAUGUGGUACUGGCUAAAACAAUUAAGACUGAUGUAAAAAUCUCAUUUUGGUGUGUUACAGUAGUAUUUUUUGUAAAGUAACAAAAUUUCAGAAGUUGAUUUUGAUUUUUGCACGUCUGCUGAAUGCACUAUGGCGAAAUUAUAUGCGUUUCACCCUAACCUUGGUAGAAAUAGUUUAGUUAUUUGCCUCUAUAUUUACAAGAGAGAUUAAGUAUGUGUGAAUCAUUGUGAAAUCAGUGGUUAUCAUAUACUGUGUUAAGUUAUAAACUUGUAAGAAUUGUUUUGCAGUGUUGUCAUUCAAAUGGUGGAGAUAAAUUGUACAGUAGACCUAAUGCUAUUGUGUGAACAAAUCAUUGCUAUUCUGGUGCCUGCAUAUUGCUGUACAUUUAUAAUUGUCAAUUUUACUUUAUGUUCAUUUGCACAAAACUUGUUUGUAUAUUGCACAUUGACUGUCAAUUGACUAUUCUUAAAUAAAUUUUUUGUAUACUGAUGAUUCA